AUGUCUGGUCUUCACAAAACAACAAUCGGCGCGCAAAACGUCGCUGUUUACCAGGUUGCCGGAACUAAUACCUCGCGAUCUCUUCCAGAUUGGAUUGCGCGGCGGCGCAAGAGAUCAUUGAAAAACGAUGUUGACUAUGCAAACCGCGUGGAGCUGAUCCAGGAGUUUGGCUUUGACGAGGCCGCGCUGAGACUCAAGGUGACGCGCGAUGGUCAGUUUUGCAUGGCCACAGGUACCUAUAAGCCUCAGAUCCGUGUAUACGAGUUGGCGCAAGCUGGUCUGAAGUUUGAGCGUCAUACAGACGCGGAAAAUGUGGACUUUGAAAUUUUGUCCCAAGACUGGACAAAGUCCGUUCAUCUGCAAAACGACCGUACCAUUGAGUUUCAAGCUCAAGGUGGUAUUCACGCAAAAACACGUAUCCCUAAAUUUGGCCGCGCUUUGGCUUACAACCCUAAUAACUGUGACAUUAUUGUGGCGGCCACAGGCAACCAAGUGUAUCGUCUAAACGCCGACCAGGGCCGCUUUUUGGCCCCCUAUGAAAUGGAUUUUGAACAGGGGCCUCCUGGAUCAAAGUCCGAAGGUGGCGUCAACUGUGUGGCGGUAAAUCCUCAACACUCCCUUCUUGGGUUUGGUCUUGAAAACGGUACUGCAGAGUUUUGGGACCCUCGUAGCAGGCGACGAGUGGCACAGCUUUCCAUUGGUGGUCACGGCCAUGGUGUUGGUUCUGGCGUUACUGCCCUUAGUUUCCGUAACGACGGUUUGAAUGUUGGAUUCGGCACUUACGAGGGUAACACUCUGCUGUUUGAUAUGCGUGCAUCGGAGCCGUAUGUGCAAAAGGAUCAAGGUUACGAUCUUCCCAUUAAGAAAAUCGGCUGGAUCGAAAGUGACAACCUAGGCGGUUCGGGAUCAAAAGUUUUUACAGCUGACAGAAAGAUUGUCAAGAUUUGGGACCGAGUUGAUGGCAAACCAUACACCGCAAUGGAACCUGCAGUUGAUAUCAACGACGUGAUAUACAUUGAAGAUUCUGGUAUGUUCCUUAUGGCCAACGAGGGCAGACACAUGCAUGCAUACUAUAUUCCAUCAAUCGGUCCUGCCCCUGGUUGGUGCUCUUACUUGGAAAACAUUACGGAAGAGCUCGAGUCUACCAACGGCAGCCAAUCUUCUGUUUACGAAAACUUCCGAUUUGUCGAGAAGGAUGUCCUCAAAUCAUUACAUUUGGACCAGUACAUUGGCACCAAUGUUGUUCGCAGUUAUAUGCACGGUUACUUUAUCCAUCAAGACUUGUACGACCAAGCACGUUCAAUCGCCAAUCCAUACGCAUACCAGGAGCACCGCGAACGGGAAAUCCGCAAGCGCAUCGAGAAGGAACGCGAGUCACGUAUUCGCUCUUCGGCCAAUGUACCCAAGGUCAAGGCCAACAAGGCACUUGCCCAGCGCUUGUGCACAGAAACAGAGGAUUCCGAGCCCAACUUGGCUGCGGAUGAUCGUUUCAAGGUUUUGUUCGAGGACCCAGAUUUCGAAGUGGACGAGACAUCCAAGGAGUUCCGUGGAGCUGCUGCUGGUGGAAAGACAAGUGCUACGGUUCGCAAGUCUGCAGAAGAACGCGAGCGCAUGCGUGCACUUACUGCUGCAGAAAUUUCAGACGAGGAGCGCGAGGCACAAUUGUCAAAACGCAAAACUUCACACGAUCCGUUCGACAGCGACGACGACAACCAUAUCGAAGACGAAGAGAGCUCUGAAGAAGAUGAAGAAGAAAGAGAAAAGCGGGCUAAGAAAUUGGCUAAGAAACAACAAAAGAAAAAUACUCUUCCAGAAAUGCGUGCUGUGGACGAGCUUGCAAGCGGCAGCCGGCGGCGCCAUGGUAAAGGUUCCGAGGACGACGACGGCGACGCUGCGUUUGAAGACUUUUAUGAAGAAACUAACCGUGAGGAGAAGGAGCGUGAACAUAUGCGCGAAAAUGUUCAUCGAACACGCGUGGGAGAGCUUGAGUAUACAUUUGUGCCUGAAAAGAAGGAACCCAAGCCUCGCAAGCGUGCUGAGCAGCAAGGUGACGACGAAGACGAAGCCAGAGAGAAUCCCAAGGGUGAUCGUGGACGCACUAAGCAACGCUUUGAUGGUCGUCGGCGCGCAAGCAAGAAUGCGUUCCGAGGUAUGUGA